GGUAUCACUCAACAUCAUAUACACAUACGUAACACCAUGAAGAUUUCAAUCAACCAUUAUUAUUAUUAUUUUGCAACACUUGCUAUACUCUUGGUCGUGCCAUCCGAUGCACAACUAUCUUCGACUUUCUACGACAGUACAUGUCCCGAUGCGCUGAGUACAAUCCGAACCUCCAUCAGGCAGGCCGUAACCAACGAGCAGAGGAUGGCGGCCUCCCUUGUUCGCCUCCACUUCCACGAUUGCUUCGUUCAGGGGUGUGAUGCAUCAAUCCUAUUGGAUGAUACCACUGGAGAAAGAGCUGCAUUGCAGAAUGGCGAUUCGGUUAGAGGUUUCGAGGUGGUGGAAGACGCGAAGCAGGCGGUGGAGGCGGUAUGCCCCGGGGUGGUGUCGUGCGCGGAUGUGCUGGCAGUGGCGGCGCGUGAUGCAACGGUGGCGGUUGGAGGGCAGUCUUGGACAGUGAAUCUAGGGAGGAGGGAUUCCCCAGCCGCCGCCACUAGAGCGCUCGCUGAAAACGAUCUACCUAGGUUCACCGAUCCUCUCCCAACCCUCAUAUCCAAUUUUGAAAACAAAAACUUAAACGAAAGGGAUUUGGUUGCUUUGUCAGGGUCUCAUACGAUUGGGCAAGCACGGUGCGUGACUUUCCGGGACAGGAUCUAUGGAAACGAGAGCAUUGACCCAGACUUCGCGAUCACGCGGCGGCGCAACUGCCCUGAAAGCGGCGGCAACGGCAAUCUGGCGCCGUUGGAUGAGGUUACUCCGAACAGCUUCGACAACACUUACUUUAGGAAUCUGCAAAGUUUAAGAGGUCUGCUGGAAUCGGAUCAAGUUCUUUUCAGCGGAGGAUCGACUGACAGCAUUGUGCAGGAAUACAUCGACAAUCCUGACAGAUUUUUGUCGGAUUUCGGCUCCGCCAUGAUAAAAAUGGGGGAUAUCGAACCAUUAACUGGUGGAGCUGGGUUAAUUAGAAGGACAUGUGGUUCCAGUAACUGAUAUACAAAUCAAAAUUUAAUGUUUUCGAAAUUCGAAUAAUUUCUUGUUAUAUACAUAACGUGUGUGAUCAGUUUGUUAUCAUCAUGUAACUCAUGUUUGUUACUAAGUCAAAAUAUAAGUUUUUCAA